AUGAAUUGGACGGGUGGUCAACUACACCGACAUUCACGCCCUGGUGGACUAUCCAAGAAUCAAAAACAGAAGUUUGCCAAAUCUCGACUGACUCGUAACAAGACGCCGGGUGAGGCCAUCGAGUUUCAUGGGUUCCCUAAUCUUCCAUUCUCACAACGAGACAAACGGGAUACGGCAGAAGCAGAUCAGACCGUCGAUUCUUCUGCAUUUCAACCCACCAAGGUUUUCCCAAGCUCCACUGCAGAACCGGGCUCAUUGAAGCGGUGUCUCUUACAACAAUCUGACUGGGCUGCGGUUUCUGUGACUCGCCCCUUGGAUAUCAAUUUCACCUCGGCGACAGAAUCUGCGCGAUUCGGAAAACGACGUAAGCUAACGGAGAUUGACCGAGAACGCCUCUCGAUUCGGCAUGGAGAUCAGAGUUUACUGCAGGGCCAUCAGUUCCGCAAAAAUGCCGCGGGGACUGUUGAGCAAGAGUCCGAUCUGGGUCACAUUCAAGUUCGCAUCGAUGGCCACCUUGCCGGUUCCAAUUUUGGUGACACCCAAACACCAACAACUCAUCCAUCGUCACAUUCGAUGUUAUUAGAUAAUGAGAAUGUCAUUUCAUCAUUUUCGUCAAGUCUACCAGCUCACCGGGGGACCUCCCAGAGACUCGCUCCUCGGCGCCUUUCACUGGCCCCAAGUCAUAACCGUACACCGCUGCGUCUUCAAGAGCCAAGGAACACGGCUGAAACUCCCCUGAUAGAGUAUUCAGAUGACGGUCUAUCCCAAAUUGCAGACUCGGGCGCUGGGUCUACUAACCAUUACCCGCCAUUUACUCAGUUGCAACCAGACCUUGCAUCAUUGGCAAGCAUCCACUAUAUUUCAACAGGCUCGCCAUUAGCUAGACCUCGUCGUUUUACCAUUGAUGACCAAUUCCUUGCAGAGCAACUUCAACGCAAUUCAAAGUCGGAAUCCUGUUCACAGGAGCAAUAUGAAUCAUCCUAUAGUCCCAAAGAAAGAUCUACUUCCCCUCCACUCAUUCGUACUGAUGCAUCAUUCGAGGAGACCUCCAGCUGGCUUGGACAUCAAAAACGGACCACAGUCUCCAGGAAUAUUCAGAGCAGUCGCAGCGGCAAUUAUCAAAGUUCAGUUGCUCAAGCGGGUCCUCACACAAUGCCGUCGAGUCCAUCAUUGGUUGCCGAGGGAAAUGGCUAUGUGUCCGGUGCCAGUGAAGACUUUUGGGCAGAUCCUUAG